AGUGCUUCGUGAAAAGGAGAGAGAAGAAGUUUGUUUGUAGAUGCCCAGUCCACAAGAGACAGUAAUUCAAGAAGGACUUUGUGAUCAUAAAGGAGUUUUUCUAGAAGCAUUGACCUAAUUUUUAAAGAACGGUGGCAGCAUGUCAGCAUUGGUGACACGAGUACCAUUAUCUGAGGAGGAGAUAAAUGCCACUUACUCAUCUGCUCCCACAGCAGUGACAACAGCUGACAUCCUGACAACACCUUUGUUUUUAAAUGCUACCAACAGUACUGUGCCACACAAAUGCUUGGUGCUGUUAUAUGAGGACAUAGGCACAUCCAGAGUUCGUUACUGGGACCUUCUGCUAUUGGUUCCCAAUGUACUUUUCUUUGCAUUUCUCCUCUGGAAACUGCCUUCUGCCAGGGCCAAAAUCCAUGCCACUUCCAGUCCCAUUUUUACCACAUUCUACAUACUGGUGUUUGUGGUUGCUGUGGUUGGGAUUGCUCGGGCUGUUGUCUCCAUGACAGUCAGUGCUUCUACUGCUGCUACAGUUACUGACAAGAUCCUGUGGGAAAUCACAAGAUUUUUCCUUCUGGCUAUUGAGCUGAGCAUGGUGAUUUUGGGCCUUGCAUUUGGCCACCUGGAAAGCAAAUCCAGUGUCAAGCGUGUCCUGGGUAUCACCACUGUUCUGUCGUUGGCCUACUCGGUGACACAGGGAACUCUCGAAAUCCGUUAUCCUGAUGCUCAACUCUCAGCAGAAGAUUUUAAUAUUUAUAGCCAUGGAGGAAGGCAUUUCUGGCUUGCCAGCUCUAGUUUCUUCUUCCUGGUUUAUUCCUUUGUGGUGGUGCUUCCCAAAACUCCCUUGAAGGAUCGUAUUUCUCUGCCAUCAAGGAAGAGUUUCUAUAUCUAUGCAGGAAUUCUUGCUGUGCUCAAUUUAGUGCAAGGUGUCGGCAGUGCUCUGCUUUGUGCAGGUAUCAUUGAAGGCUUAUGCUGUGUGGAUGCCACCACCUUCCUCUAUUUCAGCUUUUUUGCUCCACUCAUCUAUGUGGCAUUUCUGAAAAGUUUCUUUGGGUCUGAACCAAAGAUCCUCUUCUCCUAUAAAUGCCAGGUGGAUGAACCUGAGGAUGUUGAUGUGCAUCUUCCCCAUGCUUAUGGGGUAACCAAAAAAGAAGGGCUGGAUUCUGGCUUCUACUCCAACACUCAGAUUGACACCACGGCAUACCUGGACGAUGUUGCUUCCAUGCCGUACCACGUGGGCAGCAUCAAUAGCAUUGACAGUGAUCGAUGGAAAGCCAUUAACUCCUAAAGGCAGAUGUGGUUGAAAGAAUCACUUUCUCUUGCACCCAUUGUUCCAUUCAGAUAAUCUUUUGGAACUCUGAUGUGUUUGUCCUUCUCUUUCAUUGGAGGUGUUAUUUUUAACAAAGAUAUUUGAAUUCUGUAUGGAACAUAAAAUUGACAACUGUAGUCUUCCUGGAAGGACAAUACUCAUCUUUGUGAGACAGCGUACAGAUUGCUUCAUUUCAGACAUGCAUAAAUGCUGACUUUUCAUAUUCUUGGCAUUCCAAAUCUACAUGGUUAGACCGUUUGUCACCUUUUGUUCGUGAUAAAAUGCACAUUCUACCAGGAAUAUUGACUAUUCCUCCGGAUACACACCCACACACAAACAAUCUGAAAUUAAGGUUGGAAUGCCUUGUUCGCAUUUUAUUUUAUUUUUAGGUUUGAUUUAGUUAUUAUUUGUAUUCCCAACAAGUUCAAAUUCCCAGCAGUAACCUUCACUUUGGAAUUGGAGGAUAAGUUCCUGCAUUUUGGGCAACUAAUGUAUGAUUGAAAUGGAGGUGGGAGAACUCUGGAAGUUUUUGAGCAUCUCAUAAUUCUUCCCAGGGAAGUUGGGAGUAUAUUGCAUUUUAAAAAGACCUUACAUAGAGAAGGAGAGGAAAGGAAAGUAGUCAGCAAGGAAAGGUCUCUGGAACACAUUGCUGUGUGACUGAACUACUGUGAUUUAUUGACAUGCAGGCAUGUUUCAUACACUGUAUAAUUUUCAGAAUGAGAAUGUAGCCAAGUGAGUGUUAUGGAAUGAUGUACUGUAAGACCAACAGCACUUCUGUGCAAAUGGGAUUGGGUAGGGAGAAGAUGGCUUGGGUGGAAAUUCUAAAAUGAAAAGGGUAGAAGAGCAAAUAGAAAUAUUUUAGGAGCCUGUUUUAGACAGCUUGCUAUUGAUGCUUGGGAUGGCAUCUAAAUAGAGUGCAAGCCUGAAGUCACUAUGGGGUCUAGAUUAAAGACAAGCUAUUUAUAAUAUUAGUUGUGGUCUGGUCCUCCUGGUUAGGACCGUAUUAAUAAGGAUAGUGUUGGACCUGGUUUUUCUGAAAUCUUUGGUAACACUUGGCUGAUAAUUGCAUUAGUGAAGUUGGUAAUGCCCGAAUUUGGAAGACUUCUGGAGGCUUUCCUUUGAGAUUAGUAAAGUAAAAGAAUGUUAAUUUCUUUUAUUAUAAUCAAGAUGCUUCUGGAAAGAGAAUAAUAUAAGAUUGGCUAUACUUUGAAGGCAAGAAGAAAAAUAGCAUAUCUAAAAUGUUCCAAAAAGCUUGCAUUUUGUGCCCAUGCAUUAUGCCUUUUGUUGUUGUUGAUGUUCUUGCUGUAAGGUUAAGUGGAAAAUGCAUAAUUAUGGGCACCCUUAAUAGUGUGCGAACUGUGGGUAAAAUUAUUUGAAUAGAGACUGGCUAGGAGGCAAAUGUAGACACAGCUAAUUGGAUUUAAAAUUCCAUAAAAUAAGAAUGACAAACCAAAAUGUAUUUUUCCUAUUGUUACGAUGGCAAUUAAUUCAGGAUCAUUUAUGCUACAAAUGGAUGAAUAAGGUUAGGAUUCCAGAAACUCACAGCAAUUUUUUAAAAAUUUAUUUGCUUUAAGGAAGCCUUUUAGAACUGAGGCACAAAAAGAAAAAAAAAUAUUUUGUCUACUGAAUGCAGACGUUAUUCCCUUUUUCCUAAAAAUUCUGCCAUUUGUGAUUUCUGCUUGCUAAAGCCAACACCAAUGUACAUAAGAUCUUGGUUUUAAGUGUUUCAAAAUGAUCUAAAUUCAGAAAAAUUCAGAAAAAGAAGACUCAUGCUUAAAACUGCUAUUUGGAUGUGUUGUUAAUGAAGAUUAGCAUGUUUGAUAUGAUAGAAAACAAAAAAAUGUCUUUAAUUUUGUUGUUGGCCAGAGUAGCAGUUUCUAAACAUCACAAUUUGGUACUUUAAUUUGACUUGCUGGUGUUAGAAGCAUUAUUGUCUUGUGGCAAGAAAUCUUACAUAAUUUGUAAUUGACAUCUCAUUAAUUUUUAUGGUGUUAAUUGGAAUUAGGCUGGUGGAAACCUCUGUUCAGAAAUGAUAAUUUAUUGCAGCAUUAUGUGAGCUGGAUCAUACAAAACUUGUAUUCCCAGGCAACUGGUCAGUUUUUUAUUAAUUUCUCAAUUCCCUACUUCUAUAGGAUAUCCCAAUCUCUUUCUCCUCCCCAGCCAGAAUUCCCCAAUAUCCUUACAUGGGCUAGUCUCAUUAGAGUGGAUUAGUGUUAUAGACCCACAGAUCUGGAAGGAAUAAAGUUGGAGAAAGCUUCCGGCACCUUAAGGUGCAUGUGUGAAAUGAAAGGAUUCUUAAUAUGAAGAUGGAUAUCUUUGAUAAUGUGAAUCGGGAUGAGAUGACAUUUUAGAUACGUUUACUAACCAUAUUCUGCAUCAAAUAUCGUCCAUUCAGUCAACUAUGAUCACUUUUCCACUGUAGAAUCCUGUUGUUCAUCACCACAAUGACUUGAUUGUUAAACGCCUCUUUAUAUAUCUACCUUUGUCUUCUGCUGCUGAGGAGAAACUGCACUAAGUGAAAGAAACGUCUUCUUCCAAGUAUACUGAUUUUAAAGUGUAUAUAGAUAAUGCCUUCCAUGUUCAGAGCAAAAUACCAUCCAUAAACGGGCAAUGUUUGUGGAGGUGAAUGUAUUGCAUCUCUCAUGAAAUGUUGGAACAAACUUUAAAAAUAAAGCUAUGUAUAUUUUUGUCUGUAAAAUACAUGACCUUUGACGUAAA